AUGGUUCGACUCGUUCACCAGACAAGGCUGGCCGUGUCCACUCCGGUGUCCUCGCCCAGGCCUAGCCUAUGGCGAGGCAGGGACGAACAACUUCACCGGAAACACGCGCGAUCUAACUGCUUGCCUUUCCCCAAUGCACGAUACGCCCCACCAGGAACAACUCUAGACGAUGUCGACGAGCAGGAUGCAGAACAGACACUCCGCCAAAGACACACCCCUUUCCCCCCUUCUCCUCUUGUCGAGCACACCUUCGUCGAACCAAGACGACUAGUCAAACAUCCAUUGCCCGCCGAUGCCACCAACAUGCACCGUCCACGCACCUCCAAGAUGGCAAUCGACUUUUCAUCCGAAGGCCGUACUGCGCCUAACAUGGGCGCCGUGCAGACGCACUUUGAUGGCAAGGACGACACACUGACUGAACAGGCGUCGCAUUCGCCCCUCUCAUCCUCACACCCUCUUUCUUGGGCCCUCGGCUCUGCUUUGUGA